AUGGCACCAACUAACAAAGUCACCGACCUCUUCCGCGUCGACGGCCUCGUCGCCGUAAUCACCGGCGGAGGUAGUGGUCUAGGUCUACACGCUGCGAGGGCGCUUGACCAGAAUGGAGCCAAGGCCGUCUACAUUGUAGGGCGACGCGAGGAGACUCUCAAGGAAGCUGCCAAGACUGGCGUCAAUGGGACCAUCAAAUACAUUGUCGGUGAUGUCACAGAUAAAGCGUCCCUGAAGAAGGUAGCGGACCAAGUCAAGCAAGAACAAGGCUUCAUCAACCUCCUCUUCGCCAACUCUGGCGUUUCCGGUCCGAAUCAUGGCAGAGCCGCCUUCCCCGAUGAUGGUAGCAAGCCAAGCGUCAAGCAGUUCGCCGAUGCCCUGCUGAAGAACUCCGCCGAAGAUUACACCCAGGUCCAGCACGUCAACAAUACCGGCGUCUUCCUGACAGCCUUGACGUUCCUGGAACUUCUGGACGCCGGCAAUAAGAAGCGCAACGUACCUCAAGACUCCCAGAUCCUGGUCACAUCCUCCAUAGCAGGCUUCUCACGACAGCUAGCACACAGCUUCGCAUACUCUAGUUCCAAAGCAGCCGUGACGCAUCUGGUGAAGAUGCUGGCCACGAUUUUCUCUCAGUUGGGUUACAAAAUUAGGGCGAACGUGAUCGCUCCUGGCCUCUAUCCUUCGGAGAUGACGCAAGCGGGUGUCAGCAAGCUUGACAAGUUCGGUGGUGUCCAGGGUCAUCAAGCGUUCGAAGACGCGCACGUCAUGCCGAAGGAACGAUCCCCGGCAGAGAGGACAGGUAGCGAGGAGGACUUUGCUGCGACUGUGUUGUUCUAUGCCAGUAGAGCUGGAGCUUAUUUGAACGGAGAGGCGAUGAUUACGGACGGAGGCAGACUGUCGCAGCUGCCGGCGACCUAUUAG